ACAUCUCUUUGAAACCUAUAUAAAUGAAAUCGCAAUUUUGAAAAGAUCUGUUGCCAGUUCAGAAAACAUUUCAUUAAUGUAGAAGAAGGACAACAGGAUGGCUAUCAUCAACAACUGGACAGCACCACUUCAAGCCCAAGCCAGGCUGCAAAAUUCUAUAGACGAUAUGAUGAUCCAUCAUAUAGGGUGGAACGUCGAUCCGGAAGAUUUGAUUCACAUACCAAAGCACUGGCAACUUUACCCAGAUCCCGAUAAAUCGUUACAUUUUCUUUUGGGGAUGAUUUACGUAUUUCUUUGGUUUGCAGCCACGAUUGGAAAUGGAAUGGUUUUAUGGAUAUUUACAUCUGCAAAAAGUCUUCGGACGGCAUCCAACAUUUUCGUUGUCAAUUUGGCCUUCAGUGAUUUUUUGAUGUUUGUAAGUAUGCCGAUUUUCAUCUAUAAUUCAUUUCAUGGAGGAUUCGCGGCUGGAUGGCUUUCGUGUAAAAUAUAUUCUCUGAUAGGGGCCUUAAGUGGAAUCUCGCAAGGCAUGACCAACGCCUGUAUUGCUUACGACAGGUACACUACCAUAACUCGACCGUUCGAUGGAAAAAUUUCGAAAACUAAGGCCGUCUUUAUGGUUAUUUUCGUUUGGAUUUACACAUUACCUUGGGCCCUUCUUCCGAUGUUCGAAAUAUGGGGCAGAUUUAUUCCAGAGGGAUAUCUAACAGUAUGUACCUUUGAUUACUUAACGACUACUUUCGAUACUAAACUUUUUGUAGGAACAAUUUUUUUUUGUUCCUACGUAAUUCCCAUGACGGCGAUUAUUUUCUUUUACAGUCAAAUAGUGAGCAAAGUAUUUGAGCACGAAAAAGCAUUGAAAGAACAGGCAAAAAAAAUGAACGUUGAAUCUCUAAGAUCAAACCAACAACAUAAAAAUGAAACGGCAGAAGUGAGGAUAGCCAAAGCGGCUAUCACUGUUUGCUUUUUGUUUGUCGCAUCCUGGACCCCAUACGCAGCUAUAGCUCUUAUUGGGGCCUUCGGGGAUCAAUCCUUAUUAACACCCGGAGUAUCCAUGAUACCAGCGUUGACUUGCAAAUUAGUAGCUUGUUUGGAUCCUUAUGUUUACGCCAUCAGUCAUCCUAGAUACAGAAUUGAGCUACAAAAACGAUUACCUUGGUUGGCCAUCAAAGAGGAUAUCGAUGCUCAAUCGACGGCAACCGAAACGUCCUCGCCUCCAUUACCUUCUGCGUAAUAAUCGAAAAGUCAAUUUUGAAAAUGAUUAAAUUCAAAAUCCAUUCAUUCAAAAAUGAAUUAUAAUAUUUCCAAAACGAUCAUUUUUAGUGUCAUUAUUUUAAUUUGGUACAAUUAACUUGCUGAUUUUAUCAGUGCUCUUUUAAAAAAAAAUUAAUACAUUUUGAAAGAAUGUCUAACAUUCAUUUCUUACUGUUAAUAUCAUUAAUGCUUAUCAUUAAAUCGUUAUUUUCUUCUAACUUAUGCAAAUACAAAUUCCAAAUCUUCUUCCAUGCUAUUCCUCUAGGUCUUCAUAUCUUUAUGCCGUCUUCUUGACCAUAAUGGAUGCUAUUCGUUACUUGUCUACUUAUUUAUUUCAUUCUUUUAUCUUUUACCUUGCAGGUGUCGAGUUUGUUGGUAUUAUGUUCCAUCUUUUCCUCAACUUAUUCCUGAUCUUCUGUAGCUUCUUCAAGUAUUUUCCAUUUCACUUUCUUCUGCAUGUUGUUACCUUUAGAUUCCCCAGAUCCUCCUCUGGAGGUUCUAUUGAUAUUCUAGGUUCAGAUACCAUUUUUUCUUUAGCUUUACAUUGUAUGUGACAGAAUCAUCUCAGUCGUCUUCCUAUAGCUUUUUCUUUUUUGCCUUAUAGUCAAUUUAGGAUGAAACCAGUGUCACUGAACUAUAAAAAUGACUUCUAUGGAUAGUUUCAUCUGUACGAAGCUUGUCUAUUAUUUCUCGGUGUUAACAGAGGUCUCUACUGGGUAAGCAAUCAGUUUUCCAGGUUCUGUUACACUAUUUUAAUCGCGAACUGUUAUUAUUUUUUCGUUUUAUUAGUAAAUUUACUUGUUCCCUUGUUGGAAUUGGAUUUUUCUUCUGGUGUAGCUCAUUGUAGCUUGCUUGGUAGUUUCUUUCUGAAUAAUUCCUUUAUAAUUAAUGUUUAUCAUGAUCUUCAAAGCGCCAAAUCUAACUUACACAGUUUCUUGAUGGUAUUUAUUGUGUUUCCAUUCUUUUAUUUCGUUUUCCAUCCUACCAAUUUCAUAUUAUCAUCCAUUCUAUUCCUCUAAGUCUUUCUAUAUAUCUGUUUCUUCCUUGGUAGUAAUGGAAUCCUUUGUAUCACUUAUUUACUUCGUUCUUAUACCUUUUACCUUGCAGAUGUCGAGUUUGUUGGUAUUAUGUUCCAACUUAUUCCUGAUCUUCUGUAGCUUGCUUAAGUAUUUUCCAUUUCAAUUUCUUCUGCACGUUGCUACCUUUAGAUUCCCCAGAAUCUUUCUCUGGAGUUUCUAUUGAUAUUCUAGGUUCAGAUAUGUGUUUAACCAUAUUUUCUUCAGCUAUACAUUGUAUGUUUCAGAACCAUCUCUGUUGUCUUCCAUUAGUUUUUUCUUCCAUUGGUCUUAACUUCAGUCUAGGAUGAAGGAAUCAUAAAAAAUGACUUCUAUAGAUAGUCUCAUCUGACAGAAGCUUUUAGAUUAUUUCCUGGGUAAGUAAUCAGUUUACCAAGUUCUUUCACACUGUUCUAUUUUCGAACUGUGAUCAUUUUUCUGUUUUAUUGGUAAAUUUACUCGUUCUUUGAUUGGAAUUGAAGUUUUACUGUUCUAGUUCAUUGUAGCUUUUUUUGUAGUUUCUUUCGGAAUAAUUUUCGUUGUUUUCCAUCACUAUUAAUACUAAGAGUACCGAUAAAAUGUUUCAUCUAUUCGAUUAUUACUUUUUAAGUGUACAUAAACGUAAAAAGUCGUUAUUUAUACUUAAAACAUACAAGUUUUUGUUAAAUAACUCAAAAUAAUCAUUUUCUGUAUAAACGGUUAAUAAUGUAUAAUUUUGCGAAUAAGAUUUUGAUGACGAUUUUGCAAUGUCUCCGGAUCAAGACUUACGGUGCUAUAAAUAAGAAAAUAUUGUUACUCAAAGAUAAAUAUUUGAAUGUAUACGAAGCUGUAACGUCCGCUUCUAAAAUCAAUUCGCCAUCGGCCAGUGUUGGCUGGUCUGUCUCACAAUCGAGGCCAUCAGCUUUCGUUGACGGAUGACAGGACACGAAUUAGAUUGGGCGCCAUUUAUUUUAUUACUUUUACUUUCGUAUAAUAAAGUUUAUAUAUAUUUAAUUUUGGAUUUAAUAUGAUCAUUACUCUUACCCCUCAGAACCUCCAAUAAUGACUCCCAAUUUGAUUGUUGCAACAGUAAUAAAAUAAUUGGCGUCUCCUGUCAUCCGUCACCGUUCAUUGUCAACGGAAGCUGAUGGCCUCGAUUAUGAGCAAAAUCAGCCAACAUGGCUGGUGGCAUCCAAUUUUUAGGAGCGAACGCUGUUGGUAUAUUAUGAAAAAAAAAAGAAAAUCCACUCAACAACACAAUUCAAAGUGUCUUUAAGUAACAAAUUAUUUUAUUCUGUUAAAUAUUUUGUCAAUUCGAUAAAAUAAAAAAAUGAAUAAAAUAUGAGCAUGAU